CAAAUGUCACUUUUCCAUUUCCACCACAUCGUUAGAUGUAGGAUUUUAUUUAAAUUGUGCUACAGUUUACAUAAAUAACUAAAGCCAUGGCUGAUAAUGAAGCGCAAAAUGGUCCUGAUGAUCCGCCGCAGGAAAAAUCAGCGAAACAACUGGAGAAAGAGGCCAAGAAGGCUGCAAAAUUAGAAAAACUGAAAGCCAAGAUGGACAAAAAAAGUUCAGCGCCAGCUGUUCAGAAAGAUAAGCCCGAGAAAAAAACUAAAGAAACAAAAGAGAGUGCUGUUUAUUCUACCAACACAGCUCCAGGCGAUAAAAAAGACGUCAAUGGACCGAUGCCGGAUGCUUACAGUCCUCAGUAUGUUGAAGCAGCAUGGUAUGAAUGGUGGGAGAAACAGGGAUUCUUUAAGCCAGAAUAUGGGAGAAAAUCUGUAUUAGAGGAUAAUCCAAAAGGUAAAUUUGUGAUGGUCAUUCCACCACCCAAUGUAACUGGCACACUCCAUCUGGGACAUGCAUUAACUAAUGCUGUUGAAGAUGCUAUCACUCGAUGGCAUAGAAUGAAUGGAAGAACAACUCUAUGGAACCCUGGCUGUGACCAUGCUGGUAUCGCAACCCAAGUGGUAGUAGAGAAGAAGGUUUGGAGGGAAGAGAAGAAAACUAGACAUGAUCUCGGAAGAGAUGAGUUUAUCAAACGAGUUUGGGACUGGAAGAAUGAGAAAGGUGAUAGAAUCUACUCUCAGCUACGGUCCUUAGGUUCAUCAUUUGACUGGUCCCGAGUCAGAUUUACAAUGGACCCUUCAAUGUGCCGAGCUGUCAAUGAGGCAUUCAUAAGACUUCAUGAAGCUGGGGAUAUCUACAGAGCUAACAGAUUGGUCAACUGGUCGUGUACUCUGAAGAGUGCUAUAUCCGAUAUUGAAGUGGAUAAAAUGGAACUUACGGGAAGGACUAUGCUCAGUAUACCAGGAUAUGAUCAUAAAGUGGAAUUUGGUGUACUUGUGAUGUUUGCAUACAAAUUGGAGGGUUCCAGUGAAGAGGUAGUAGUAGCUACAACCCGAGUGGAGACAAUGCUUGGAGAUGUUGCCGUUGCUGUGAAUCCGAAAGAUGUCAGAUACAAACAUUUGAUUGGGAGGUAUUUGGUGCAUCCAAUACUGGAUAGAAAAUUACCUAUUAUUGGUGAUGAUUAUGUGGAUAUAACCUUUGGAACAGGUGCUGUUAAAAUAACUCCUGCUCAUGACCCUAAUGACUACGACAUCGGUAAACGUCACGACUUGCCCUUCAUUACUAUAUUUGACGAUGAAGGGGUAACACUCGAUAACUGUGGACCUUUCGCUGGCAAGCGUCGUUUCCAAGUGCGUCGUGAGAUCCUAAAGACGUUGGAAUGUCUGAAAUUAUACAAGGAGACCAAGGAGCACGCGAUGGUGGUGCCGCUCUGCAGCAGGUCUAAGGAUGUCGUGGAACCGAUGCUCAAGCCACAAUGGUAUAUAAAAUGCGAUAUAAUGGCCGAGGAGGCUGUUAAAGCAGUGAAGAGUGGUGAGCUGAAGAUAAUCCCGGAUGCUCACGAGAAGACCUGGUACCACUGGAUGGACAACAUCCGCGACUGGUGCAUCUCCAGACAGCUGUGGUGGGGACACCAAAUACCAGCCUACAAGGUCACUCUGCCAGAACAGUGGCAAGGCGAGGUGGGCGGGGAGGGCGGGGCGGGCGGCGCGGCGCGGCGGCGGCGCACGCGCUCGGGCCGCAAGAAGAGCGGCCGCGUGCGCUCGCGUAAGCCUCCGCCCCACGCACCCAAAGAAGAAGAAUUAUGGGUAUCAGCGCAUACAGAAGAAGAGGCCCUCGCAAAGGCCGCGGUCAAGUUCCAAGUGGGCAAAGACGAGAUCUCGCUGACAAGAGAUGAUGAUGUUCUUGACACGUGGUUCUCUUCCGGUCUCUUCCCCUUCUCUAUAUUCGGAUGGCCGGACCAGACUGAAGAUUUGCAGGCAUUCUAUCCAGGUACUCUUUUGGAGACUGGACAUGACAUUCUGUUCUUCUGGGUGGCAAGGAUGGUCUUCUUUGGUCAACGUCUCAUGGGGAAACUUCCUUUCAAAGAGAUCUACCUCCACCCGAUGGUGCGGGACGCGCACGGCCGCAAGAUGUCGAAGUCGCUAGGCAACGUGAUAGACCCGGUGGACGUGGUGCGCGGCGUCACGCUGCAGCAGCUGCACGCGCAGCUGCAGCACUCCAACCUGGACCCUCGCGAGAUAGAGAAGGCCAAGUGCGGCCAGAAGCAGGACUACCCUAAUGGGAUACCUGAGUGUGGUACUGACGCAUUGAGGUUUGGAUUGUGCGCGAUGACGCAAGGUCGCGAUCUGAACCUGGACAUCCAGCGUGUUCAGGGUUACCGUUUCUUCUGCAACAAGCUCUGGAAUGCCACCAAGUUCGCGCUCAUGUACUUCCCCAAUGGCACCACGUAUAAGAUGCAUACAAGCCAUCUCCCAGCGCUGUCGGCGAUGGACCGCUGGAUGCUGUCGCGGCUGGCGCUGGCCGUGCAGAAGGUGACCGCUGGCUUCCAGCAGUACGACUUCCCCGCCGCCACCACGCACUGCUACAACCUCUGGCUGUACGACCUCUGUGAUGUAUACUUGGAAUAUCUGAAGCCGGUGUUCGCGACUGGGUCUGAGAGUGAGAAGGCUGGCGCGCGGCAGACGCUGUACACGACCCUGGAGUGCGGGCUGAAGCUGCUCAGCCCGUUCAUGCCGUUCCUCACCGAGGAGUUGUACCAGCGGCUGCCUCGAGCUGAUACAUCCUGCCCUUCUAUAUGUGUUGCUAGUUAUCCUACUGAGGCGGAUACACCCUGGCGAUCGGAAGAAUUGGAAUCCGACGUGGAUACAGUAUUGAAGAUGGUCCACCUCAUCCGAUCCACUCGGUCCGAGUACAACCUGACCAACAAGCAGAAGACCACGUUCCACGUCAUCAUAGCCCCAGAGCUGAAGGUGAAGCAGCUGCGGGCGCUGAUGAGGAGCCUGCAGUCGCUCUCCAACAGCGAGCUGAGUGACGAACAGCCGCCUACAGGGUGCUCCAUACUUACCGUCUCUGAUAAAAUUGAAGUACAUUUGGUGCUUAAGGGCCUGAUAGAUCCACAGAAAGAGAUAGCUAAACUUGAAAAGAAGAAAGAAUUAUUGUCACAAACUGUUAACAAGCUCCAACAAGCGAUGGCCGCGACUGACUACUCUGUUAAAGUACCAACAGAAGUACAGAAGAAUAACAAUGAAAAACUCUCCCAAUCGCAGGGGGAACUGGAAAAGCUAAAUAAAGCUAUGGCAACACUAAAACUCAUGUAAUACGUGAAAAAUUAAAUGUUACAAUACUUAUAGUCAGACAAAGAUAUGCAUGUAAAAUGCGGACAUAAGUCAAUGUCACUUUUUGACGUUUAGGGGCGCUAGUGAACUGUCAUAAUUUAUUUACGAAUAUUCUUGUCAAUCUAUAUAGUACUGUCUUGUGAAUUAAGUAGUAGUGAUUAAAUGCAUUUUGUAAUAAUUUAAGUAUUCAAUUUGUGUUCAAUUCUCAGACAUCACAAUAAUUUAUUGUCUUUUAAUUUCUUUUUUCGUGUUCCAUAAACAAUCUGUUGAAUGCAUAACUGAUAUCGAAAUAAUAAAAAAGAAUCAAAUCUUUAAAUAUUGCAAUGAAAAGUUUAAUGCAAUAUACAAUAUCCAAUGUGAUGUACAUUUUACUACUUCAAUAUUAUUUAUUUCUUUUAUAAUAAAAUCUUCCAAUGUA